AUGUCACUCAAACAAGAGCCAGGUGAAACCCUACGGUCCUACAUUGACCGCUUUAAGAAGAAAGAGCUCGAAGUUCGAGACCUCGACCCUAUGGUCUCCAUGCACACUGCCAUUAACGGACUUUUCCCCGGAUCGACCCUCAAACUAUCAGUUGCCAAGACCCCGUCGAAGACCAAGCUCAAAUUCCUCAAGAAGGCCCAAAAAUACAUCACGACCGAAGAGGCUUCGACCAGGGCCAACCAAGAAAGGGCAGCCGAGUGCCACGACAGGCCCCUAGAGAAGAAGAGGAAAGGCGGGGACCAGCACCACCCCGACAACCAUGGCAAUAAAGACAACAAGAAGCCAUUGGCUCUAGCCUUGGCUUACAAGGACUACAAGCCACUCAACUCCACCUGCACUCAGAUACUGAUGCAAAUUGGGGAAGAGAAGUUUGUGAAGUGGCCAACGAAGCUAAAGCAGAACCCCAAGAGGAGGAACCCUACGAAGUACUACAAGUAUCAUCGCGGCACCGGACAUGACACCAAAGACUGCUAUGAUCUAAAGAACGAAAUAGAGUCCCUUAUCCGUUGCAGACACCUUAAGCAGUUUGUCGGAGGAGAGGCAGACGCCUCGUCCUUCCAACAUUAG